CUUUCUUUCUAUCGCCACAGGUCACCUCUUCUUUCCCUGCGAGACGGAUUUUUGGCGGGCAGCCUCUGCAAACUGGCAGCCUGGUUUAAUGCAACCCAUAAAUGCGAGCCGAUUAAUCCUUGUGACAUCCCGGCAAACGCCAUGACUGCAUGGGCGAGAAUGCUGUUAGCGGGCCGCUUGCCCGUUCCCGCUUUUCACGAUACACGUCAUUAACGACAUUAGGAAAUAGCUAAAUAGUCAUGCCAGAGGUGUAAAACCUCAAGGUAGCCCCAGGAUAUGAAGAGACAUGACCUCCCCGGCGUACAUGGACGGUCACGACCUGUCGCGACCAGGCCGGCUGUCCAGGCCCGGUCGACAUCUGCAGGAGCAUCGGCAGGGAGCACAGCUAGAUUCCGGCUAACGGCGGGGCGUUGUCCAGUGGUAGCAGUGCCUAGCCAGCUGUAUCGCACAGUCGCAUGCUCAUCAGCCAGCAGCUCGGCCGGUGCGAGCGGGGGGCCAGAAGAGGAGCGGCAGCAGCUGGCCCCCGUGCAACAGCCGCCGUCCUCUUCUGCGGCCAGCUGCCCUGUGCCUAGCAGUGAGCAGGAGCAACUGCGGCGAGUGCAACAGGAGGUAGCGCGACUGGAGCAGCAGCGGGAGUUGGCAGUUGCGAAGAAGCGGCUGAGGUGGCGGCCCCGACAUGACCCGCUGUACAAGGCCGCCGCAGCCUACGUCGCCGCAGCAGCCGCAGCAGCCGCAGCAGCCGCAGCAGCUCCGGCAGAGCCUGUGGCGGCUGAAGCGCCCGAGGUGGCAGCGGGGCCUGCGACAAAUCCAGUGCUAGAUCCGGCGCCACCGCCUCCACCAGUGCCGCCACCCACGACGCCGCCUCAGGAGCAGUACCAGCAACAGCUGCCACCACCAGGGCCGCCGUCGCCGCCACGUGUGCCGCCGCCGCCGCCAGAUUGGGUGCUGGCGUCACUCCAACGACAACAAGGGGCACCGCAGCAGCAGCAGCACCAGCAGCAGCAGCAGCCCACGCCACGUGCGCCGCCGCCGGAGGCUCAGACUGUGACGGCGGCGUCGUACACGGGGUGCAGCCGGGCUCUGGCGCUCAGCACUGUGGAGCGGCUGCGCGUGUGCUGGGGGCUCACCAAGUCCGCCUCCCAGCCAGACCCGCAGCAGGCCGACGUGUUCACGGCGCUGAAGAAGCCGUCGGCCUUCCGGCUGGCGGCGGCGCGGCAGCGGGAGGAUGAAUGCGCGGCCGCGCUGCGGGCGAUGGGGCUGAAGGAGAUGGCACCCAACUACUGCUGCGCUUCGACUGCGGCCACGGCCACGGCCACGCCGACGGCUGGUGCGGGCGCCGCUACAGGGGGCGGAGGCGGAGCCGUGACGGGAGCAACAGGACACGAGCGGCCGCAGCAGUUGCUGGCGGCAAGCCCUUCCAUGUCCUUCACAGAAUUCCUCGAGCAAGCCCUGCAGCUACGCCGUGGCGAGAACGCGUUUGCGCGGGAGGUCAAGCUGGUCAGUGCGUUGGGUGGCGACGACGGCGGCAGCAGCAAUGGCAUGAAGCUGUCUGGUGCCAUCGACUUUCUGGUGCUGCUGUGGGAGCCGGAGGACUGCGGCGAUGCCGGGGGCAGCGGUGGCGGCGGCGGCGGCAGCAGUUCCUCACGACAGGAGGUGAUGCUGCGGCCUCGACUGCAUGUCAUCGAGUGCAAGGACACCAGCCGCCAACGGAGUGUGCACGAGGUGCAGGCGCUGUUGUACCGCAUGAUGGUACAGCAGCAGCUGGCCGAGAUGCGGCAGCAGCAGCUGGAGCCGAAAGGUGGCGGCGGCGCUACAGCCGCUACAGCCGCUACAGCCGCUACAGCCACACCUGCGCCGGGCGACGGCGGCGAGUGGUCGCUGGGGGAGCUCUGGUCUGGCGAGGUGACGUGUGAGGUGUUGCGGGACACGGAGCAGGGCGUGCCGGAGCCGCCGCUGGUGGUGCCGCCGUUGGACCCCCGGAAGGAGGAGGCGGCGGUUCUGGAGCACCUGCGUGGCGAGGUGCAGCGGCUGUGGGAGGAGGGCCGGCGGGCGGUGAAGGCAGGCACAGAGGAGGCCUUUGUGCGGGAGCAGCCUUACAUGUGGAACAACGGUUGCUCCAGCUGCAGCCACCGGCCCUACUGCGCUGCGGACACGGCCGUGCGCGGCGCGGUGCAGGUGCUGGGGCUGAGCACGGCAGACAACCGGCGGCUGCGGGAGGCGGGGUUGGACACGGUGUGGGACGUGGCGCGAAUGCAACUGGACGGGCCGGCCGCGCGGCAGCUGCUGCGCCUCGGCCUGAGCACAGACCUGUCAUUCUUACGGGACUCAGCGAGGGCGUGGGCUGCCACGCUGCCGCCGCCCCCGCCGGCAAUGGCCACAGCGGUGGUUAGCGAGCAGCAGCAGGGUGCCGCGCCGGCGGCGGGAGUGCAGCUGCGCUCCGUGCCCGGCGCCAGCACGCUGCCACCCUGGCGCGGCGCCGAGGCGACGCCGCUGGUUCGUGUGUUCCUGGUGUUGUCGUACGACGACGUACGGCACACGUACAACAGCCUGGCGGCGCACGUGACGUGCAGCCAACGGGAGCUGUACACGCCCCGGGCUGGCGACUGGUCAAAGGCGCUGCGCUCAGGCCCCCAAGACCGCAGCCUGCUUGUCAUGAACGAGCGGCCCGACACCGCCGCGGCCGCCGACGUGGGCUCGGCAGCGGAGCGGCGAGCGGUGGAGCUGGCUGCAGACCGAGCGCUGGUGGAGCGAUUCCUUUCGGAUGUGUUCGCGGCGGUGGAGCAGGUUGCUUCUACCCUGCCUGGCGGAGCUGCUGGCAAGGCGGGCGCUGGCGCAAGUCCGCCGCCGCAUCCGCCCCUCAGGGCACGGCUGCACUUUUACUUGGACAACAGCAGUGCCCUGAAGCAACUGGCGGAGUUUUCCCGCUGGAGCAGUAGCCUUGGCGGCGGCGGUGUGGGCUGUAGCAGUGACGGUGGCAGCGGUGGUGCGGACACCGGCAGCACGCUGGAUGCCUUCCUGACGCUUCUGGGCCGCCGCGCGGGUCCGGAGGGCGAGCAGCCCAUGGUGUCCUACCUGCAGGAGGAGUGGGGCCGGCAGAUGGUGGCGGGGGUGGCCGGCAGCAACCGCUGGCAGCUCACGGCGCAGAGGUGGGAGACGGAGGCAUGGAAGCAGAAGAAGGGCAUGAGCACCACUCCCUUCCACCCGCUCAACCUGCACGUGCCUGGAAUGCAUCGGACCCUACCCCAAUUCUUCGGGCUGGAAAGCUCCCAACGCAUCGCCUACAACCCGGAGUCUCGCCGCCUGCUGCCGCACCUCGAAAGCCCUGAGGAUGACAUGACGCAGCCGGUGGCAGUGUGGCCCUUUGAGCUGAAGCUCCAGGGAAUGGUCUACGCCCCAGACUCCGACCACUUCGCCAACUACCGCGCCGCGAUGGUCCGGCAGCGGCAGCGGCAGUCCUUGGCCGCUGACGUGGAGGGCGGGGCGGCAGACGCGCACACGGCUGAGGCGGACGCACUGGCGCUAGCGCUGCCGCUGCUGCUCGAGCAGGAGCCAUGGCAGCAGCGCUGGAUGUUCGAGCGCCUGAAUCCAGACUGGGACAUGCGGAAGGAGGAGAUCGACUUGCGCGCGGCAUUGCGGCCCUCGCCGCCGCGGACGCUGCCUGACAUGCUGGCGGACUGGGUGGCCAUCGACUUCAGUGCGCGGCUGCACGAGCGCCGCAAGGAGCUGAUGCAGGUCCUUCCGCGCGUGCGGCACCAGAGCAGCAAGAGCGUUAUGGUGUCGGGCGUGCGCAAGCUAAAUGAGGAGGACUGGCGAGGCGACCGGUGGCUUGAGCCGCAGGUGUUGCGGCUCCAAGGCAAGGGGCUGUACAUGUGUGACGUGGAGGAGCUGGGGGAUGGUGGCGGCGGCAGCAGUGUGGCGAGUCAGCAACUGGCGUUUGAGGGCGGCGACUUCGUCCGCGUGCACCCGCGGAGCACUGGCGACCAGCACGCAUACCAAAGCUCCAGGGACAUCCGGAACGGCUUCGAUGCGAUCGUUGAGGCCGUGGAGCCGCCGCCCCGUGUUGAGCCGCCUCCUGGGCAGCAGCGGGCAGCGUCGCGGCGGCGGCGCAUCCUGCUGACGGCCUUCUCAAGGAACAGGCAAUCAAAGCAGUCCGCAUUCAUUUUCCCAAGCAGCCCUGCAAGUUACUACGCCCACGCCACCCUGGACGAGUCCUGGUCCGACUACGUGGGCGCGGCCGUCCACGCGGCCCUCACUGGCCUGGACGCGGCCAAGCGGCACCACUUGGACGAGUUGGUGUUGCAGGGCGCACUGGCGGCCCCGCGGCCCAGCACCGCGGAGGCGGAUGCGGCAGUGCGGCUCCUGCUGGAUGAGCUGCAGCGCACGGAGGCGGGCACCGGCAAGCAGCUGCCAGCAGCUGUGGCUGGUGCUGGUGCUGCAGGCGGAGGCGGUGCCGGGCCCUCGGUUCUGUCGGCAGAGCAGGCGGAGGUGGUGAUGGCGGGUCUGAGCUCAGGGCUGCAGGUGGUGCAAGGCCCGCCCGGCACCGGCAAGACGCAGCUGCUGGCGGCGUCCCUGCUGCUGCGCUGCCACCACCUGAGCUGGGUCGCGUCUGCCGGUCGCAGUGCAGCGCAGGCUUGGGCGACGUAUGGGAGCGCGCCACCCGCCGGGCGGCUCGUGGUGUUGGUGGCGCCCACGAACGCGGCGGCGGACGUCGCGGCGGACCGACUGGCGGCACUGGCGCCCUAUGUCAGCCUGGCGGCGGAGCGGGUGCGAGCGCAGCAGCCUCAGCAAGGCAGCCGCAAGUCCACAGCAACCCUGCUGUCAACCCUGCCGCGUAUCGAGCUGGUGCGCCUGCACUCCUCCUCCUCUGCUGGAGCACAGCGGUUGGAGAAAAGGGAAGCAGCGGCGGCCAUCACCAGCAGCAGCGGCAGCAGCAGCAGCAGCAGCAGCAGCAGCAGCAGCAGCAGCAGCAGCAGCAGCAGCAGCAGAGGCGUGGCGGGCUCGGUCGGCGACUUGGACUGGAGCGCCGCCUUCGUUCGGAGCACCCGCGCCAGCAGCAGCCGCAUCAGCAGCAGCCGCAUCAGCAGCCGCGCAGCCUCCAGCAGACCUAGCAGCCGUGCCUACUCCACUCCGGCCCAGCCGUUGCAGCCCCAGGCACCGGUGUCGUCGCCCGCUGCCCACUUGCACCAGAUGGCGGCUUCUUCGGCCGUCACCCGCCUGAAGACCAUGCUGCAGCAGGGCAGUACGGUGGUGGUGGUCGGCACGGUCAACGCCGCGCUCAAGCUGUCAGGACUGACGGCCGCUGCGCUCUUUCCCGGAGCCCCCAGCCCCCUGGCGAUGCUAGCUCUGGACGAGACGUCCAUGAUGACGUCAGCGCAAGCUCUGGCGCUCAUGGGCGGGCUGUUCCCACGCCAGCAGCCGAGGGCAACAGGGUCAGCGUCAGGGGCACCGGCGGCGGGUGGCGGCGGCGGCACCAGCCCGGGUGCGCAGGUGCUGGCUGUGGGCGACCCCAAGCAGCUCAAGCCCAUCACCACGCUCGACGCCCGCACCGAGUUGCGUCCCGAGGUCGCGGCGCGGCCGCACCUGGCCGGCAGCGCCUACGAGCUGCUGGCGACGGUGCCCGGCGGAGUGCGCAGCGCAAUCAGCGAGACCAACCGCUUCGGCCCCGUCACGGCUCUGCUGCUGACGCCCAUGUAUGAGGAGGACGGCAUCCGGCUGCAGGCCUCGCGCCGAGCACUGGCAUUGCAGGAGCAGCAGCGGCAGGCACAGGCACAGGCGGAGGCGGAGGCGGGUGCAGAGGCCCCGGAGCAGCAGCCGCAGCACGCGAGCAGCCGCGGUGGCAUCAGGAGCAGUGCGGCACUGCGGCGGGCGCCGGUGCUGGCGCUGGAGUCGGCCCGUGAGGUGCUGGCACGCGUGUGGAGCUCUGGCCCUGGGCUGGUGGCGCCUGAUGAGUUGGUGUUGGUGGUGCAUGACGAGGUGGAGAGUGACAAGGCAAAUGAGCUGGAGGCGCAGAUUGUCCGGGAGCUGCUGUGGUCGGCGCCGGCGGGAGCGCUGCUGCCGCCGGGCAGCGUGGGCAUCGCAACGCUACGCAGCGGCCAGAAGCAGCUGCUGCAAGCUGCCGGGGCGCGCGGGGAGCUCGAGCCGCCCGCCAACCGCGGAGCGCUGAGGCCUGAGCAGGACAUCGCCACGGUCCACAGCUACCAGGGCGGCGAACGGCGUGUAAUGAUCCUCAGCUUUUGCACAUCGGCCCCUGACCGACUGAACGCCAACGACGAGUUCUACAUCAACCCCAACCUCUUCACCGUCAUGCUCAGCAGGCACAAGUCGCAGCUGGUGCUGGUGGUGGGUCGCAAGGUGCUCAGCCACCUGCACCCGGACGCACAGGUGAAGGCGCGGCUGGGGCUGCUGCGCCGCGCCCGGGAGCUCGCCAGCAGGCCGCUCGGCGCGUUCGAGAUGGAGGCGGGCGGCGGCGACACCAUCGGAAAGCGGCACCGCGUGGAAGUGUUUGGCAUUUGCCAGAAGGCGCUGCGCGGGCUGCAGUAGUGGGAUGGCAGUUGUGCAGGCGGGUGUGCGCUGGAGGGACCCGCCCAGCAGGGCUGAGUGUUCGCGCACGUGCGUGCUCCUGCCACCGCGCCAUACGUUGCAGCUGGCGGCGUCGGACAGCGCUUACGUGACACUGCUGCAGGCGCUGCGGUGGGUCUGCUUGGACAUGGGAGGAUGCUGCUGAACGACACGUUGUGAAUGAAUGAGAUGCAGGUUGCAUGUGAAGUGUUGCUGUGCGCUGGGGUGCCAACGGUCGUGCGGAAAAUGAGACAGCAUUAGACAUUGCUGUGGCGCGCCGCGGCUGCUGCGGCGAUGCAUUAGCGCACACGUUGCAACGUUGCGAUGUUGUGGGAGCGAUGCCGGGCACGGUCGAGCAAAUGUUUAAUUGUCUUUGUAGUCGGGAGGCGCUUGCCGGGUGGUCAGAGCCUGGACAGGCCUCGGGUGGUUGGUCACGCCUGACAAACGGCGCUGAACGGUGCCCGUGUGUGUGCGCAUGCCACAUGUGCACAGUAGCUUCGCGUCUGAUAGCGGCCGGAUUGGGUCGACGGGAGCUGACUCCUUGUUACACUUAGCACUACUGACUCGCACAAGAUCGUAUUACUCGUUGAUAAUGCUAUGACCCCUGCUCAGUCGAUUGCCACACAUACAGCGUCAGGGCACACGGGUAUGACGCCGGUCUGGAAAUGGGGUCAAACGGCACGUCGUUUUUGACAGGGUUGGCGAUGCGGAUCAGACCCCAACUUUUGGCAGCAGGUCACGGCUGACGUGCUUCUGUCUGAUCCACAUCGCUAGCAUGUUGGUGUUGCAGCUGCCGUCCGGGGGGUGCGUUCCGGCCUGCUUGGCACGGUCGGACACGGUGGUCAGGUCGACCACUGAAAUAGCUACCGGCGUUCAAUCAAUAUUUGCUUGGUACUACUGAGACCUUAAACAUCUUGUUUGCGGCCUAAUCGGUGAUGUCGCGGUCAACAUGUUCUACGAGCUCGCCCAGAUCACCUGCUUUGACGUCAAUUUAGAUUGCCGUCGGCUAAACUAUACUUCAUAAGA